AUUUUUAAGUUUAAAAUGAAGCACUCUAUUUCUUAUUGUUCAGAAAAUUAUCAAGCGUUUUUUCAAUGGAUCAUAUGGCAAACACAUUUUCGUUCUUGCAUGUCUCAACCAGAUUAAUAGAAAUAUAAAAACACAAGAUAAAUGUUCAGAUCUAAAUUCCAAAUUAAGCAGUCAAGCAUGGCAAAGCGACUUACAAAUCUGAUAUUAGAUACAUUCCCGAUAAGGCGAAUGUUUUCCCAGCGCUUUCGUGACAAUCCUACUGAUCAAUAUGGAGCUAACCCUUUUCCAAUUACACAGGGAUGCAAUCUUCGAUCAAAAAUGCAGGAGUCAGGAGUAUUUACGUGGGACGCGUCCACCAUGUCCCAAGAGGAGCCGAAUGAUUCAUAUCGUAAAUCGCACGAGGCUAAAGAGGAAGAUACUACUCAUACCAUGGACCCUAAUUCAUCCAUGUGGAGAACCAUAACCAGCGACCAUAAAGAAAUUGAAGAAAAGCCUAAAGAUCAGACUCUGAGCAUACAGAAUUACUACAGGGAUCGUUGGAUCCAAGAGCACAAAGAAAAACGAAGCGACACCAUAACGAAGCAAGCCGUUAAGAUCUUUUCCGAUGAACCUGCUCCUCAGCAGAAUCCAGGGCAGACUCCACAUGAAGCUUCUAUCUACAGGAAACUCGCAAAUAGGAAGAUUCCUCAAGUAAACAAAUCGUACGACCCUGAAAAGGAUGGAGGUUCCGAUUCGAUCGAAUCUAUUAAAAUCAGUCGGCGUAUCAGUGCAGACCAGUUCGACGACGACGAUUUCAAAAGCAUUCCGCAGGGAAAUCGCUGCUACAGCGGUGGUUUGAAUGGUACAUGCGCUUUCCGCCCUCCUGAAUUAACUGUAGGCGCGAUACAGAACCAGCCUUAUACCACUCCACGAUUCCAACUGCCCGAGUACAGCUCUGCACACAAGAAUAGCCAGAAAGAGCACCAAUUCUGCCAUCAGGAAAAGGAAAUGCAAACGAACGCACAAAACGCGUACAACGCUGUCCCUCAAAAUAAUCAAAUGAAAUAUGCUCAGCAAAAUAUGGAAAACUGGUCCACGAUAAUCGACGUCAAGGCUCCAGCGACGAGUAAAACGUGGACUGCACAUAAACCAGAAGCUAAACAGGACUCAAACCAAGGCAACGCAGUAAUCCAAACACAAGAUCCGAUUGUUACGUUUAAACCGGAUAUGUAAAUCCGAUUCACCAUGUGAUGGUUUCAAGCAAUUGUGUCAUUAAAUGUUUCGGUUUUUUAUAUUUUUUAAAUAAAUUGUACACUGUA